AUGGAGGAGGGAGAAAUCGUGAUCUCGGGCGAUCUCUCCGAUGGGGGGACACCGUCCAGGUGCCAUUCCAGUCUGUAUUCUUCUCCUCUGCCAUGACGGCCCUGGUGAUUUGUUCAUCUGCAUGCCUGUGCUUGUCGGUCGAUGACCAUUUCCGUUGACAUCCCAUUCGUCGCCGUUAUCUGGCACAGUUGUUAGUGUUGGUAUUUUACUGGGGACAAAACGAAGUGAAAGAGACUCGAAAAUCGUAGCAUCAUGCAUUGGGCGAGAGUGGCGAGCGGACUCGUUUGAGAAUUAUGACAAUUUUACACAAAAUGCUUUCGCCGAGUGCUCGCGUGAGCGUCGAAAAUCCAACUCGGAAUAGGGAUGCCCAAAACGCGGGCUCUUUCUAAUUUUUUUCUGAUGCUUUUAAUUAUGGAUUAAAAUUUUCAAAUGGCCCUUUUAUGCUUGGGUGCUACAUUUACUUAUUCGGGCAGAUCGUAUCGAUGCCUUUGACCGAGGAUUAUCUUCAUACUUCCCUAUAUCAAGCUUUUCUAGACUUGGGUCGAGGGUCACAGGAACUCUGACAACUGAUAAUUGGUUUCCAAGAACUUUGACAGUUUUCCUUACCGUCGGUAUUUAUAUUUAUUAGGUGCCAUGUUGGAUUUUUCAAUGAGAUGACUUUAGGCAAGUUGAUUGUUCUGCACUUUCUUUAAAUAAAACCCUCUUUUACCGGUAAAACCCAAUGACCUCAAAGUUGAGAUAGAAAGUCGUUCUCCAUCAUAGAAACAUUAAAGCCUGCUCUCUCACACCACAGCGAAGAGUUACCAGAUUAUGGGCAACUUGGCAAAGAGUUGAUGAUAAGCAUUUUAGUCAGCCUUAAUCUUUCCAAAUACGAACCCUUCAUUGGAUCUAGUCAAUCACUGAUUCAUGGACAUAUUUUUUUAUCGGGAAUUGCUUCUCCCUGGUAUUAUACUGAAAAGCUUCUGUUUGCUUUUGUGUGCCAUAUAUAUUCGUACCGGCAUUCAGGAUUCAACUCGUGGUUUAAUUUAUUAUUAUUAUUUUUUGAUAAUGUAUGUUUCCCAGUCAUCCUGGUCGACUUUCCUCAUGUUAACCGUGAACAUGUGGUCGUGGUCGUGAUCUAUUAUCCAUGAGAAGAAAGCAAAAGUCAAUGGAUUGCUGUUCCUAGACCCAAGGAAGUCUGUAAUUUGCGAAAAACUUUUUCAAAGACAGUGAGUUUCAUAAUUAAAUGACGAAAUUUAUCUGGCACAUCUGGUGAUGCAUUGAAUGUUUUAGUUCGAAUGCAAGGAACCUUAUGACUUUGGGUACCAUGUUUCGUUUGAAUGUAUGUUUGGUAGAAUUUUUUUUAUGUACAUGGAAUUAAUGAACGUUUAUUUGUCAAAUCCUUAUACAUAUUUUUAUCAACGGGAAGAAACCACAAUUUAUACUGUUAUAUUUUCAGAUAUGAAUUGUUGACUAUGGUGAAACAACAUUCCAAAUUCUUGAGGGAGGGGAUGAUAGAUGAGGAUGACACUUCAGAUGUCGAAAUGGAUGUAAAGUUUUGGUAUGAAAUGUUGGAUUUGUACUUCAUAAGAGGAAGAGAGUCUAAGGGGGGGCACGAAGACGACCUCAUCUUUUUCGUCAAAGAUAUGGUAACUUCGCCAAUGACUUUAUUCUCUGUGAAAACUCAUAAGAACCAGGUCGUUUUGAUUUUUGAUUUUGCCCUUCUUUUGCAGAAUUUACAUGGAUAUGGGUUCAAUGACAAUGUUGAGAGUGCUCCCCCUUAUUUUGUCCGGAGGUGGGCAGCCAAGGUAAAGGAAACAUAUUUUUUAUCCUCUUAUAAUGUCCUCCAUUUUUUGCUUCUGUCGUUUGAUUCAGUUAUGAGGCACCACUCUCGUGAGUCAUGCUAAUAAUUCUGUGACUGUUUCCAAGUGUACAGCAUAUAAAAUACUGAAUACUCAAGGGUCCCUAUGAUAUUAGUAAGACUGUCAUUAAAUUCUCUAGAAUCUAGUGACGCGCAUUAGAGGUUCUUUUGAGCAUGUUUAGAUAAGUGAUGCUGCAUCCUGUAUGUAAUUUUUUUUAUAUGAUCCAGUUGGAGAAAGUUGCUGGAGAAAAUUAUGCCGAAGUGGAUUGGAGACGGUCAUUCUACCUUAAUUUCAUAGCGCAUACAUCUUUCACAGUAACUGUUGCCAUUUGCAGGUUAGUGAUGUGAUGAUUUUCCAUGCAUACUUCUUCUUUACAGGCUUAUGCAUUUAUCACAACUUUGAUUUAAACGUUUACCAUCACAGUUGAAAAGAAUUUUAAUCUAUGGUGUAGACCUGUAAUUCUUCUCUGCAUCUUCCUAAACACAAUUUAAGCAUUAGUGAUGGAAAAUACCUCCUAAACCCAUUUAGUUUUUCCUAAAUAACUGAAUUUUUUAUUGAGGCGCGUGUACAGGGAUACUUUCCUAAAUUCCUAGCACUCAGUUUCCCUCUAGAUGGAUCAUGAAUAUCAGAAAGAUCCAAGUAUCUGGAUAAAAAGGCACUACAACUCGAUGAUUUGUCAAAAAACUAGUUGUUCGUUCUAGUACCAUCUUAAGUUCCUAAAAGCUUUUUCCAAGAGAAUUUUUAUGAUGUUCCCAUAAAUUGACUAAUCACUCUAAUAAAAAAUGGGUUCUCAGGUAGAUAAGUAUACCAAUUAUGAGCCCGUGCUUUGUCUGGUCGUUUUUUUUUCCUCGUAAAAUAUCGUUUUAAAUUUUAUUCUAUGGGAGUAGUUUGAAUUCUGACUCUAAACUAUGCUCUUCCAUGUAAAAGGUCCGCAUAUAUUUUCUUUCAGAGAUGAGGAGAAAGCCUACUUUUCCUCUUGCCACCUUGAUCCUUAAAGACUGGAAUCCAAGUAUUUUACCACAAACUCCCCUUUAAGAUACUUUUAAAGUCUCAUCAAUCGUAUAAAAUAAUUAUCAAGAAAGAGAAUACCAUCAGCAUAGGCUAAUGAUAAAAAUACCAAGGAUGUGUGCCAAAAAACGACAUAACAAUCAGUUUGGCUUUUAUGGGACCAGAACUUUAUUGCUGCUAACUGGAUUUCUCAAACAAUAUACAAAGAACCAUGCUUAAGGCCAUAUAUUGACUUUUUAAAGUUGCUGACAUUGAUGCCCUAUAUCUUCCUCUAGGAGUUAUGAUGUCGUCUACCAAUAAAACUGUGGUCAUUGAAUGAAAAAGUAUAUGCUAACAGACUCCCUUCCCAUAGAGAAGUCAGGUUUAAAUGAACUCUUUGGAAUUUGUAACUGCCCUUACACUCUUUUGUAUCACUACCCUAUGAAGAAGAAAAACAUUGGACAUAGCAUAAAGAAAACAUAGAGUUAAAUGAUACGCAGACUGAUGAUUAUAUUGCUUCAGAAGAGCGCCUUAAACACUCUUCUGAUGAUUAAACUGAUGAUUCUAUUUUCUAUUUUGGAAGAAUCAUAAAGAAAUAUCAUCGAUGUUAUAUGAUUAGGCCAUAUAUAUGAAUGCAUUAUUUUCUCUCUCAUUUAUUGUAAAAGGAAAACGAUUGCCAUCCUUCUUAAUAGCUGAAUUAUAAACUUUUUUCGUGAAUAAUUGUUUUACUCAUUUUAAGUCUGCAUCUUCAUUACAGUAUUCAGGAUCUAAAAAGGCAUCAAAGUGGAGCAGAUACACCAUUAUCUCCUGUGUACAAGGUAAAUUGCAAAUAACCUUUCCCAUUUAGAGGCUGAUGGUUCCAUGGAAAAUUUGUGUGGUGGUUGCUUAGUGAUCCACUAAUUCAGAUCAUCUUUGAUGAUCAUGAGUUAGUGACCAACCAGGCCAGAAGUACGUUUUAGGACAAAAAUUCACUUCUCUUCGAUCGUCAAUAUAAUGAUUGUGGAAUGAAAUGUGAACAGUAAUUGAUUUUAUCCCUUGUAUCAGCUGCAAUUGCCCUAAAUCCCAUUGACUUUUACUGUACUGUUUGUGAUCUUAUGGAUAUUUUUUAUUUUGGACUGAUAGCUGAGGAGAAGGUUUGAUGAUAAUGACGGUGAUAAAUUUAUCUUUUGAUAGGUAGUGAAGACAGUGUAUGCAUCCCCCAGUCGUGUAAAUUUCCAGACGAACUUCAGAAAAGUAAGUGUUUCUUGCUUUGGGAAUCCUUUUUCUGAUAUUUUGAUUAUUUAACUCCCAAUUAUUCUACUUUUCACUCUCAGGAGGCAGAAACGAUUCCGGCCUAUCCAAAUAUCUGUUUUGCAAUUAACGACUUUGACGACGCUUUUGAUUCCGUGGUAAGACAUUUGUUCUUGACAUUCUCUCGGCCAUUUUGGUUUAUUGCAUCUGCCUUUAUUGUUUAUGACCAUAUUGGUGACUCCAAUUUAAGAAUGAUCAUUAUUUUUUCUGCAGGGAUGCCAUUAUCUUUAACUGUUUUAUACAGGGACGGUCUUUACUGUAACUUUACUCUAUAAGUUCUCAAGCAUGCGUAUUAAUGUUGAGGUCCAUGAGAUGUGUAGGCAGGAAUGUAGAAGCUCACCUCCCGCAAGAUAAAUUAAAUUAAUUAAAAUGUCUAAAAAAUAAUAAAUUGCUACUAUUCAUAUGAAGAGUGAUUAAUGUUUAAAGGCGAAUGCGCCAAAAACACUAGCGUAAAUGAUAAUCUCAAUCAAUUGUUUCUUUGUUUCCUUUCCUUCCUCAUGACACAUUUACCACAUGUCUUCCUGCUAUUUUCUUUCUUAGUAGUACCGAUAAUGUUUCACUAAAUUGCUUCAUGUUGAUUUGGAAGAGGUGCUAACAAUCCUAUACCAUGCAUCGCGAUUAAACUUGUUAAACAAGAAUUAGCUUUCUCCCUUGUAAAGGAAAAGCGCGUUUCUCUCCUUUUUCAUAUUUAUUUAUUCAUACAGUGAACAUAUGAGUUUGCCAUGGUUUUUCGUCGAUUAAUUUCAUCACGUUUUUCAUUUUUUAGGUCCUAUCAGAAACUGAUCAUUGCUACUGUGUACUUCUCAAUGCUGAUGGUGGAGCUGCUUUCCCUACUGAGGGAAUGCACGAAAAUUCUAGUGGUUUCUGCGGAAGUGACAACGAUUCUAGAAAAUAUACGACCUCUAAGGCAAGUUCCCCUCUCUUUAGUUGAAGAUAGUCGCUUUUGUAUAAUAUAAUUGUACAUCUUAUUCAAUCUCUCAUUAAGAUAUGGUUCAUCCUUCAGUCUGUUUCAGCUGUGCUUGUAAAAUUAACCGUUCAUAACAUAUUUAUGUAUGUAUAUAGACAUCAUAUUUGUACUAGGUUUCUGCGAGGAGUUACUAUGCAGUGUUGUUAGACAGAAAAAAUAAAUCACAUUUAACCUUACAACUUGUUAAAGAUUCAUUGGAGAUCAUACAAAGCAAGGGGAAUACCAUUCUUGACAUUCUCCGCUUGGGUAAGCUAUGGGAAAUAAGAAAAAAUAUGCGUCAUCCAGAUGAAGAAAAAAUGGAAAAAAGAGUGGGCGAAUCGUGUUUAAUAUUUAAUGAUGCUAAUGGACAAGAAAGAAAGAUAUGCAUAUUAAGAAAAGGAAUUUGGUGGAUUCGAAAGAGAAGGUUAUUAUUAUAUAUAAUUCAAGGGCUUUUGGUGUCCAGUCGCUUGGAAAAUUUUAUUUUACAAUGCUCAUCUACCAAAGUUGGUUCCCUGACGUCCUUGGCAUUAGUGACUGGACUGCAAAAGCUGCUGACUUUGAAAUUUCUUUUCCAGAAUAACGGUUCUUCAUAUUGCAGCUAUCUAGUUAAAAUUUUGUCAAGAGGAAGAGGAUAGAAGAUUAUUCAUAGAUCGGAAGAAAGGGUGAACCCUCAAACACAAGCAUAAAAUUGUUUCAAGUGUUAGGUUCCAAAGGGCAUUUAAGAUUAAUGUUGUCCUUUUGUUCAGACAAACAUUUUUUGUGUUUCAAUUACUGCUUAUAAGACUAAUACCUUGACCUGACCCUCUCCAUCAUUUUUCUGUCAUUUUCAUAUUAAGUUCUUAUAAUGUCAAUGGGAAAUAAUUAGCUCUACCACUUAUGCUUGCAGCUCACACUUUUCUCAGGAUUUGUCAGCUAUCCUAUGGUUCGAGAAGCAUAUGAAGGUGAUGACAUUUAGUAAAUCUGCUAGAUUAGUCAAACUUUGGUAUAUAGCCUUUAGAUCAUGUAUGAUGUUCUGUGCCAUAUUUUUCUUUCUCUGAUUAUAUCCCCAAAUAAAAUGACAAAUAUCUAUUAAACAUGCCAAUCUUUCUCUCAUUUAUGUCUCAAAUUCUUCGAGUAGAAUGAUAAUUUUGAGGUUGCCAUGACAUGGUAUCUGGGACCUCCUUUCAGGAGUUGGCUUUUAGUAGCUAUCUGAUCAUAAAAAAAUUCCUAAUUACCGUAUCAUUUUGCUAGAUGACCAUUGCACAUAUUUAUCUCUGUUUAGUUCAUUUAUCUCUCCAACCUUUUCUCAUUGAUUGUCUUCACACUACUAGCUUGCCUACCUCAGGGACGAUUUGUUGAUCACUUUUGAAGGUAUUGAACCCAUUGCAUCAGAAAUUUUUCCAAGGAUAAUUGCUUUCACUUCUGUUGAUAACUAUUUUACGCUUUUCUGGUCAGUAGUGCGAAAUGGAAGCUACCGAACAUCAUAGACUAAACAUGUCUGAAUAACAUGGAGGCAGUUCAUGUCCAUAUUUUUAUGUGGUGAGGAAUUUAGCUUUAUUUGACCUAGUGGUCGCUGCCUUCUAACAUGUGGAACAAAGGAGAAAAGUGACAACGGCUGUGUCCUAAAGCCUUCUAAAGUAGCCAGUUAUAAUACUAUAAUGACAGUUAAAAUAGGUUGUAAGCAGUUUUGCAUAAACUCACAAAGACUGAUAAUGCUGUAACUCCCUGAUGUUCUGAUAUAUGUAGGAAACGUCUAAUAUCUCACGUUGCUUUUCUCUAGUUGCGGAAUGAAAAUUUCUUGACGGAAUUAGAAUUAUAAAGGCCUUAUUUUAUGUUAAGGGCGACCUGCUCUACCUUAGGAAACCUGAUACACCCUUUAAAACGGGAAGAAGAGCCAGCAAGAUAUUAUGGUUUAUUCUUUUUCAAUGACAGUUUUCAAAAUAGAAUAUACUUUUAAAACUUUUUUUUAGUAUUAUUUAUGCAUUCCUGCCCAUUUGGUUUAAUCAUAUCCGGAUGGGAACCAGACCAGCAUCGGUAAUAUGUGAACCUGAUCCAACUGCCUUCCAUGAUUUCGCUUGAGAAUUCUCAAGGAUCCCACAUUAUGUUUGUGUAUAUACAAAAGUCCCUUUAUUAGGGUUUCCCAUGUUACCGUGAGACCUCUCGUAUAAUUCGUUUUAGUAGGUUUUCAGAUAAAUAAAAUAGAUGGAAAUUUUAUGGACACAAACUUUUUGAUAAGGAAGAGACCCUGAUUUUCUAGUAAAGUUAAAUACAGCCUGUUCGAAUUUUUUAGGGAAUGCAUCAAUGCAGUCUGAUUACUAAGAAUGUCGUGGUUACUGUGUGCUCUUUUGGCUUCUGUGUUAAAAUUAUUGAUUGACUGUUAUAUUUCAUAUAUUGAUGCAUUUUUUGGUAUUUUUAAUGCCGGUGUCAAAUUAAUUGCAAUAUAAUCGAUGCCCUGGUUACUGCAGCCGGGAAGUCGAGGUUUGGGAGUCUUUGGCCGAUUGGCAAUGCCCAAGCUAAAACAGACAGGCUUUACAUGAGGGGCCCAGGAGGACGUGGUGAAGUGGAAGUGGCCGUUUCUGGUGUUGCAGGUAUGUGAAAAAUUUAUCUUAACAGCGUGAAUUCGUUUAUAUGGAGGCUAUAAAAUAGGGGCUUUUAAAAUUUAAAUGUCCCUCUUAGAGGAUCCUAGUUUCAUGGUUUGACUUCCUAAGAAAAAUAAAUAAAUAUUCCUAUUUUCAUAACUGGUGGAAAUCAUCGUCACUUUUGUGUCUCAGUAGGAUCUUAGCUUGCCUCUGUGCAAAUAAACGUUCUGUGUGACGUGCAGAUCGGAUGGUGCUAACUGAUUUUUUUUAAUAUUUUUUUUUCAAAGGCAAUAUGUUUUCUUCUAUAUUUAGUUCUUAACUGAAAAUCACCUGCUCUGGCUGUGAACAACAAUUAGACUAUGCCCGUGGAGUGAGAUUGAAUUCGAGAAUUUUCUAGGUUUGAUCUGAUUUAGACACUGGAAUUGCACAUGAAUGUCAUCCUAGAGGAACGUCUUGAUGGUUGAAGGCACAAAGAAAUGGAAAAAAAUAGGACUGUGUCUUUCCCUGAAGCAAGCAGGCAUCUUCUUUUUCUUGAGGAACAUGGGAUGAGGUUGGUUCCGUCCCCCAUCUACAAUAUCUGCAUUCUUCUGCUUCUCACAAUCUCUCUCUUUCUCUCCCUCCACUGCUGCAAUCUGUUUCCCAACCAAGGAAAACCACAUUAAUGUGCAAGUGAUUGUUCUGCUUAUUGUCCUCUAAUAUAUGAUUAUCCAUAGAAGAGAACCUGAGGACAUCGGAAAAUAUAAUCUUCUGUGUAGACCCUGUGUGGUAAGCUGGCAAACUCUUGCCAUCUCUUUACUUCAUUCAUCUUCCCCCGGUAUUUUCCUUGUUUUCUCCCGUCGUCUUCCCUAUGACUUUUCACACCAAACCCAUGCACUUAUUUCCCCCCAUGGAAAUUCGCGUCCCCUUCCCUUUGUUCUUCAGAUCUCCAAUGAAGUUUUCGGUUUCACUCUCACCAAUCCCAUGCAUGUUCACCGCAUUGUGACCCAUGUGGAUCAGUUCCAUCGUUUGCCUUUUUUAAUCUCUCUCUCUCUCUCUCUCUCUCUCUCUCUCUCUCUUUCUAGCUGCUGAAUCUCCUUCCGUUAUUCCAUUUUCUUCUUCACUUUAUUUUCAUUUAUUUGCUCUUCCUCUCCUUCUCAUUCUCUCUUGGAAAUGGUCAGUUAGCCUUCCCACGUGUCUUUCUUCUUUCUUCUUCUUCUUCUGCUGUUUGCAGUUGUAGCAACUGAACGGGGAGGGGGCUGGACUUCUCUAUUUUUCAUUUUGGUGAGCUGUUGGUGACGGGAGGAUCAUGGAUGUGAUUAAGUCGGGGUUUGACCCCCAGAAGAGCUGCCUCCAUUUUCGCUUCCUCUGGCAGUAACUUGUGGUGGGUAGAGCAAACUGGCAGAGGGAAGGGCAACGGUGGGGUCAGCUCUGUGUUGGAGUAGGUGGGGAGUGGUGAAGCUUCACUCAUAGCCUCUUGCCCCAUGCAGGUGAGUGGAGGAAGUGCUGCUAUCUGCAUGUCUGCGUGGGGGUUGGUAGUCAUUGCAUAGGUGGCCACCCAUCUCUCAUAUCUUCUUCGUUUCUUCCUUGCCCGGGAUAUGAGGAGGUGCACUUUGCUGCUGCCAUUCUGCUUUCUUCGCCACACUCCUUGGUUAGAGAGAGAGAAGAGAGAGGAGAGAGAGAGAGAGAGGUCUGGCCUUGAAGGCUCACUGUUCUUUAAAACUCUAAACCAUCGAUUACUGUUUUUAAAAUAAAAACUGCUGCAAUUAAUUGAAUGCAGAUCAAAGUCAGGAGAAUUCCGGGCCUCCAUCACCGCUUCAACUGUCAAAGGAAGGAUUUGGAAUCGGCCUGGGCUCCAUCGUCCGCAGGGCAGCGUCAGCUGCCUCCGAGGCGGCAAAACAGGCCUACGCCGCCGCCUCAGCCACAAUCAAAACCGACGCAGAGCUGCUCCCUCUGAAGUGCUGCUUGAUGUCCGUCGCUCUGCCUUGGGAGAACAUCGCACACGAUCUUCUCUUCAAGGUAUGGCCCUCUCCAUUCCUUCGACACGGCCAUUUAUGGCAGUUUCGCACGGACCCAUGACCCUUCGACUCUUUUCUUUGUCUCAGGCGAGCCCGCCAGUGAAGCUGUGA